UUGCUAAAGUACGUGACAAAGAAAUGACCCUUACAGAUGCAUCUGAGACAUACAGUAUUCCGAAGACAACUCUGUUCCGAAGAGUAAGGAAAGAUGGUGAACCUGGUGAUGUGGCACAAAAGGGGCUUGGGCGUUUCAGGCCAGUGUUCAGUCAACAGCAAGAAAAGGACCUUGCAGACUAUCUUUUGUUCAUGGAGAGUCGUUUAUUUGGUUUAACUCUCAAGGAAUUCCCACAGCUAUCAUUCCAAUUUGCUGUCAGAAACCAUGUAGAACAUCCAUUCAAUAUGGAACUAAAGAUGGCAGGAGAGGAUUUUGUGUACGGAUUUUUGAAACGUCAUCAAAUGUUGUCAUUGCGUACACCAGAAGCCACUUCAGCAGCAAGAGCAGCAGGUUUCAACAAGGUAGUUGUCAUGAAUUUCUACCAAUUAUUGAACUCGCUGUAUGAAACAUACCAUUUCCCACCAAGUCGUAUCUAUAAUAACGAUGAAACUGGAGUGAUGACAGUGCCAAACAAGACUUCAAAAGUUAUAUCAAUGAAGGGUAAAAAACAGGUUGGUUCACUCGCCUCAGCGGAAAGGGGAACGUUGGUCAUAGCAGAAAUAUGUUUUAAUGCUCUUGGUAAUUACAUACCCCCAUUACUUAUUUUCCCUCGAAAGAAUCUCAAUCCACUAUUUAAAGUUGGAGCACCGCUGGAAACUGUAAUUACAUGUCACCCAUCUGGCUGGAUGCAGUCCGAGAUAUUCGCACAAACAUGGUUCAAGCAUUUUCUGCACCACGCAAAGCCUUCAGCUGAAGAUCCAGUCCUUCUGCUGUUUGAUGGUCAUGCAACCCAUACGAAAAACCUCACCUUAAUCGAAAUGGCAAGGGAAAAUCAUGUGCAUAUCCUGGUAAUCCCACCGCACAUGUCACAUCGCCUGCAACCACAUGACGUAUCAUUUAUGGGACCACUAAACACAUACUAUGAACAGGAAGUGCGGGUAUGGCUCAGGAAGCAUCCAGGAAAGGUCAUCACAAUCUACCAAGUUGCAGGUCUCUUUGGGGCUGCCUACCAGAAGGCUGCAACUACAUCAACAGCCAUUAGUGGUUUCGCAAAAACCGGAAUUUGUCCAUUUAAUCCAAAUAUAUUCCCGGAUCACAUGUUUGCCGCAGCAGAAACCACAGACAAACCCACACCAGGAGAUGAACUAACUCCAUCUGAUGCUACACAACCAGAUCGAGCUCCACCAGCAGCUUCAGCACCUUCAGCACCAGAACAGUUUAACACUACACAAAUAACUUCAUCUGAUGCUGCAACUCCAAUGGAUGUUAACACUAUAUCAGCUCCAUCUGACGCGACAACACCGGUUUCAUCUGAUGCUGCAACUCCAAUGGAUGUUAACACUAUAUCAGCUCCAUCUGACGCGACAACACCGGUUUCAUCUGAUGCUGCAACCCCAAUGGAUGUUAACACUAUAUCAGCUCCAUCUGACGCGACAACACCGGUUUUAUCUGAUGCUGCAACACCAGGUCCAUCUAACACUGCAGCAACUCCAUCAACAUCACCUUCCAAGAAGAAUGAUAUCGAGUAUGUGUCUCCCGCAUACAUCAUGGGAGUCCCUCGUGUGGAGCAGACAGAACCAAGGAGACAAGCAGUCCUUAUUUAAAAGAAUUGGAAUGUGAUCUUAAUAGGAAACGAAUGAAACCAUCCUCCAAAGUCCAGUUGUUUGUUUAAAAAAAAACAGGUGGAAAGGGUCAAAGUAAUCGUAUGGGCAAAGGGAAAGGUAAAGGAAAGGCGCAAAAAAUUGGCAUAGUUGGUGGAAAAAACACAGGGGAGUAACGAGGAUGUUCCAUGCAUUUAUUGUUCUGGCCUUUAUUCCCAAUCGAAAGGUGGCGAAGAGUGGAUCAUGCGUGAUAAGUGUAACAAAUGGGCACAUGAAGAAUGUGCAGGGCUAAAUGACAUAGACGACAAUUAUACAUGUGACCUCUGCAAGGAAUAGAAAAUGUUUGCAAAAAUAUAAAAUUUUAUUUUUAACAUCAAGAGAAUUACAUUGAUAUAAGUAACUGUUACUAUAAUCAAAUUUGUGUGUGCGGAUUGAACAUGCAUUAUGGACUAUCGUAAUUUCAUACACCGAGUUGAAUCAAAUACUUUUUGUCAAAAUAUACACAAAAUAAAAUAGCAUUCCACUAUGCCCCGUAACAGGUUUCACUUUGCCCCAGGGCUCCGGGGUAAAGUUAAAUUUUUAUGAAGUUUAUAAUUCUAUAUAUUUCAAUAAAGAUCGUUGUUAGCUGCAUUACGUUUGUGUCGCAUGUUAGUUUUAAUCAUAAAUCAUAGGAUAAGAACUAAAUGUUUCGAUUGCCUCGCUUUUUCACAGCGUUUUAUCCAACCAAAAAAUGUCGGUUCACUAUGCCCUGGGUUCCCCAUCUCUUCCGAUUAGCAGCAAGGGAUCUUUUAUUUGCGCUUCCCACAGGCAG